AUGGAAUCAUUACCAAAGCCACAAGAUAUAUUUGAUACGUUACUCAUUGUCAAUGCAGCUAAAAAGGUUAAAGCUGAUGAUGCUGAAUAUGUUUCUGGUAUUUUAAAGCAGGCUUUUGGUAAGAAAAUACUUGAAAUUCAUGUAAUUGAUGCCCAAAAGCUUGUUUUUGGAAUCAAUUUCGACCAGGCAGAAGAUAUUUCAUCAAAAGUAAUUAGAGGUCCUCAUCCAAAAGCAGAAGAUGCACCAGAUUUUGUAAAGUUUUGGAAUAACAAGUCAACAAUUCACAGAUUUACAGAUGGUUCACUUGCAGAAGGUAUCGAUUUGAAGACAGACAAUCCUGUUAUUGAAACUGCGCAGUUAGCACUUCAAAUUCACUACGAUCCAAAAGUUUCUAUAGAACUUGCGAACCGUGACAUCAAUUCAAUAUUCGAGAUAGGUGGCAAAGAACUUCCACAAGCAGAUCCACAGUCAGCAUUCGACGAACUCACUACAAAACUCAUAACUCUUCAAGAUUUAACAAUUUCUAUUUCAAACGUCAUCCCAACUUCCCCAUUCUUGAGAAAAACCGCCGUAUUCCCUUACUCACUCGUUUCCGAGAAGUCUGAUUACAAUUCUUUGGCUCCAGAAGUUAUCAAAAUUAUUAUUAAGCUCGAAGGCUUCUCAGCCUGGCCAACACGUCAAAGAGAAGUUGUACCAUUCAAAGUUGCAGCGUUUCUCGCAAUUUCAAAGGCUUUGGCCAAAUUAAAUAUUGAAUCAAGAACUACGCCAACUGGCAUCGAAAUACUGUUCCGCGGAUACGUGUUUAGUGCUGUAGGUAUCCACAACAACGAAUUGAGUGAUUUUGAAGGCACAGUUUAUGGAAAACAAUUAGAACAACUAGAACGCGUUGAUCGUUUACAACACGCGAAUGUUUUAGCCAUGUCAAACAAAUACAACUCAUUUUCCAUUGCUGUACGUGCUGCAAUUCGUUGGAUGCGCUGCAAAUGCGUUGCAUCCGAAUUAUUUACGAGCGAAGCCAUCGAACUCUUAAUGAUUUAUAUCUACGAGAACACAAUACCACCAAAAUUUGCGUUUACAGCCUUCGCAAGGUUCCUUUCCCUUUUAUCUCAUCUUGAUGACAGUCAUCAGAACGUUUUCUCCAUUUUGGAGGCUUCUCCUGACCUGGCCCAUGAUGACAAGCGUCUUCUGAUCGUAGCUGCACCGCACUGCAGGAAAUCUGAGUACACAUCUCGUGGUCCAUCUCAAUCUGUCAUCAAAUACAUCAGAGCAGCGGCCAGGGACAGUCUAAAGACAAUUGUCGAGAGGGAACUGAAGAUUUCACAGCAUCAGGCAACGCUAGAAAAGGUUUUCGGAACUCCAACAAACAAAUGGAACUUUGUCAUCAAAGUAAACCACAAGGAAAGGCCAUUCGCGGGUAGAGUAAUAUUCUCUAAGCAGAAUUUCCAUGGUAAAUACGAUGUAAGAGGAAGUGGAGUCGCUCCGAAAUUAGAUUCUUUAAUGCCAGGCUUUGAUCCUGUUCACAUGCUUGUAGAAGAGAUUGCUGAGAGAUAUGGAUCUGUCCUCUCUAUCUGGUAUAACGAAUUCGGCGGUCCUUCAAUAGGUUUGUCUUUAUCUGAGGACACAUUAAAUAAAGAGCUGCCUUUGGAGCCACAAAACAUGAAUAGCGCCAAACUAAGUGAGUCAGGAAAGCUGAAACUAGAUGUAGAAGACGUAAUGCAACAAAUCCGAAUUAUUGGUGGAGAAAUUAUUAAAUCUCUUGACCAUAAGUUAUGA